AUGGUGGCCAUUACAGACGCUCAUGAUGACUUGAUUCACGACGCUGUUCUCGACUAUUACGGCAAGAGAUUGGCUACUGCCUCUUCUGACAAGACGAUCAAGAUCUUUGACAUUGAGGGAACGGAAAGCCAUAAGCUCGUGGAAACCUUGGUGGGCCACGACGGUCCUAUUUGGCAAGUUGCCUGGGCACAUCCUAAAUUUGGCUCGAUUUUGGCUUCUUGCUCUUACGAUGGUAAGGCUAUAAUCUGGAAGGAGCAGCCUGAAACACAGCAAUGGUCUAUUAUCGCCGAACACUCAGUUCACCUGGCCUCAGUUAACUCGGUAUCAUGGGCCCCUCACGAAUUGGGAGCUGUUUUAUUGUGUACUUCUUCUGAUGGUAAGGUUUCCGUUGUGGAUUUCAAUGACGACGGUACCACCUCACAUGUCGUAUUCGACGCUCACGCAAUUGGCGUCAACCUGGCUUCUUGGGCUCCAUUGGGAGCCAGUGGAUCCAAGGACGCUUCCAACCAACAACGCAGAUUUGUCACUUGUGGCUCUGAUAACUUAGCCAAGAUCUGGAAGUUCGAUAAUGCUCUAGGAUCUUACGUCGAAGAGGCCAAAUUGGCUGGCCACACUGACUGGGUUAGAGACGUCGCCUGGUCUCCUUCUAUAUUGGUCCGUUCAUACAUAGCUACUGCUUCUCAGGACCGCACAGUCCUUAUUUGGUCGCAGGACAACCAGGGCGUUUGGCAAAAACAGCCGUUGACUCCAGAACCUUUCCCAGACGUUUGCUGGAGAGCGUCUUGGUCUUUGCUGGGGAACAUUUUAGCAGUUUCAGGUGGCGACAACAAGGUCACGCUAUGGAAGGAGAACUUGAAGGGCCAAUGGAUGUCCGCUGGGGAAGUAGAGCAGUAG